AUGGAGAGGAGAGAGGUGGCUCAAGGCAGAUCAAGAGUGGGUGGCGCCAUUGGAGAGACCCGGCAGUUCGAGGCGUCGACCCAGGUGUUGGGUAGCGCCCUCUCUAAGGUGGCUUAUGGCAACUCGGCUAUGGUGGAAGCUAAAGGAUUUGUCCAAGUGAGGGGUGAUGCCAAGGAAAAAUGCAAAGGAGGCACUGAUGACGAUGGAGCACUAGGCUGCACUAGAGCCAAAGCCCAAGCACUGGGCGAUACCACUAAGCUUCUGGGCGGCGCCAGCACGUUGGGUGGGGUUGGGAACAGGGCUAGUGGUGGCGACUUAGUCCUGAGCAACGUCGUCGAGGAGGAUGGUGAAGUGGGGGAGCAUAUGGGAGGCGCCUGGGGCGCUGGGAGUGGCGACGUAGGAGUAGCAAUAUGCAACGCCAUUCAGGUAGGCGAUGCAAGGCGGGCACUAGACCUAGGCGAGGAAGGCGACGACCUUGGUGGCUCUGAUCGCAUUGGCGCAGUUAGGCAGACUAGAGGUGAUAGCGGGCUAGGCGAUGCCAACCAGACGCAAAGGGGAGGUUAUCGUGAGGGAGGCUACUUGAGACAUCUAGUGAAGCAAGGGGACUGCUGGAGAUAA